GAACCGUUGGCUGCUAGCUAGCUUUGGACUACUGACAGUUAGUCAGCAGUAAAACCUUCAUCCAACAUGAAGAUAUGAGUGUUUUUUAAUGAAAUCAUGACACAAAUUGGAGCAUUUGUACAGGUAGUAUAUCUUUUAGACUCUAUUCUGGCUCCACGUGUUGUGUGAGAGCCUCCUGUUAGAUAGUUAGCUUCAGCAAGCUAACCACAGCUACGUGGCUAGUCUUUGUUUACAUCAGUGUUUUUAGUUUCUCUUUAUAAUGGAUGAGGAUUUUCUGCUCGCCAUUCGGCUCCAGGAGCAGUUUGACAAUGAAUACGAGACCUCAUCAUAUUCAGAGGUUAACAGCUUCGGACAGAGCAGUAAGAAACGGAGAGUGGAGGUUUCUGGAGGAGGAGGCAGCAGCAGUGAUGUUGUUCCCUACUGGAAGCCGACUGUCCAGCCUGAGAGGCCUCUGUCCAUCGUGGACUCAUCCUGGGAGACUCUGGACCCCAGUCCAGAUGUCAGAGCCAUGUUCCUGGAGUUCAAUGACAUCUUCUUCUGGGGGAAACUCUGCGGGGUUGAGGUGAAGUGGAGCCCGAGGAUGACACUGUGUGCUGGUGUGUGCUCUUAUGAGGGCCGAGGUGGUCUGUGUUCAAUCAGGCUCAGUGAGCCUCUGCUGAAGCUUAGACCAAGAAAAGACCUGGUGGAGACUCUCCUUCAUGAAAUGAUUCACGCGCUGCUGUUUGUGACCCAGAACAACAGAGACCGAGACGGUCAUGGCCCCGAGUUCUGCAAACACAUGAACCGGAUCAACGAUGCCAGUGGGACAAAAAUUUCUGUCUACCACAGUUUCAACGAUGAGGUUGAUGUGUACCGGCAGCACUGGUGGAAAUGCAACGGGCCCUGUCAAAACCGCAAGCCCUAUUUUGGCUUCGUGAAGAGGGCCAUGAACCGGGCUCCAUCUGCUCAGGAUCCCUGGUGGGGGGACCACAUGAGGAUGUGCGGAGGGACCUACAUCAAGGUCAAGGAGCCUGAAGGAUAUGGCAAAAAAGGCAAGAAGGAUGGGAAGACCUCCGAGAAGAAGACCUCAGAGAAGAAGGCCUCAGGAAAUGAAAAGCCUUCAAGUACAACUACAGGUUCUCAACUACAGGACAUAAGGAACAUGAUCCCAUUUAGUGGCAAAGGCUUCCUACUCGGAGGGAUGUCUCAGUCCUCCACGUCUUCCUCCCCACCUCACACACCAGUGGUGCCUUCCUCACCAAAGAAACUCUUCACCCCUCCAUCUUCAGCUAAAAGUCUCAAUUCUCCCGUUCGCCCCGGCCUGGAUAACAAAGGAAUCUCUAGACCAGCUCCUUCCAUGGGGCGGAAACCACCCGUAAAGAGGUCUGUCGGUAACACAAGAGCUUUUGUCAACAUCAACGGCUCGCCAGUGAGGAUCCCCAAACCCCACAGCAGCAGCGGCCGUAGCCAAGAAACAGAUCAAAUGAAACAGAGAUCCAUUGAAGAUCUCUUCAACAGCGCGAGCCUCAGGAUGUCAGGGAGUCAAUCCUCCACCUCAGACACUGAAACUAAAAGAGAUUCACCAAACUGUACAAGGGCUUCAUCUUCCUCCAUCUUUCCUAAACAGCAUUCAGCUUCCUCUCCCGGAACAUCUAGUCCGAGUAAAUCCAGCCAUUCUGUAGUUUCAACAGGAACCAAAGGCAGUCCUGCUAAACCAACACACUCAAAGUAUUUCAGUCAUUCUACAAGUGACAGUACAUCAGGAGCUGCUGGUGCCGGUCAGGCAUCGAGGAAGAGGCCGUGGGACGACCGUAGUGGCUCAUCCUCCAUCUCUGACUUCUUCCAGAAGACUUUAGGCAGCGAUUCAGCAGCGUCGAGGGAGUCGGGAAAGACAAAAUCACCUGCAAUGCAGCAAAGAACUGCAACCGCCACUGCCUCCUCUUCAUCCUCCUCUACUUCCUCCCUCCAUUCCUCCUCCGCAGGGCUGCCCAGCUCUACCCCCUCCUCUUCUUCUGCGUCUUCCUCCUCUGCACUGACGGUCAGCUGUCCUGUGUGCCAAGCAAAGGUGCAGCAGUCAAAGAUCAACGAGCAUCUUGAUUCGUGCCUCUCCUGAAUGAGCAGAUUGAGACAGUGAGAGGGACGUUGCAAUAAAACCAACUUUUAAAAAAUGUCUAGAGAAGGUUCAGGGAGUUUUCUGUGUUUAGUUUUAUUGAUUUCGUCUGGACCAAAUCUCCUUUUGAGUUUCUCAACUUAAAGCUAGAGUCAAUAAUGUUGAGAAACUAGCAAGAGUAUGCUAGAUUUUAAAUAUUAUCCAACUGAAAAACCCAGCCCUUUUCCAAUGAAAGUAGCUAGCAGCACUAGCUCCAAAAGUCCCUAAAUCUAAAGAGAGAGUCGCCAAGUCGGCAACACUGACAGUGGCUUCACUUUUGAUUUGAAAAAAAUGGUUAGACAGUUUUUACUACCACACUGGCUUGUUUUCUUUGAGGUUGUCAGUGUUACCUUAUUCUAAUAAUGACAAUUCUUCUCUUACGAGUGCCUGUCUGACAGUUUGUGCCUUAGUGUACUGAGGGCACAGCAGUUUUUAACAGAUAAUGUAAGUGAAUUGACUUUUACUUGAAUUCAUUUUGCCUUUUCCAUCAGGCAAAACAAAACAAAAUCCACUGAAUUCUGGCUGGUGGCGAGUACAAGUGUGUGUAUUUUACCAGAAACUGAAGCAUUCUUGUUUUAACUUUAAUAUUUAAAGGUUGACAUUCUUCUAUUACUUUCUAUCAUACUGAUCCGUUGUUUCACUGUAGGCCUACGUACAACUUGUCUGGGAUCACUGCUGCUGGUCUCCUUUACAUUGGGCUGGACUAUAUGUGAAGGCUAUAAUAGCAGAAUUGCAGUGAAGCAAUUGAUGAUACAGUUUCUGGUUUCUGCUUGUGUGUGUAGAAAGAUUCUUUUAUCCUCCUCUGGGGGCGGAUGUGUUGGCUGCUUCCUGAUGCAUCCUCCACCUCAAAUUUACAUCUGCUGCCCUUCAGACACCAGGAGACACUGAAUGACUGACCUCUGCUGAUCUGUAGGAAUCAGAUUUCCAGCUUGCCAGCUAUUUAUUUCAGCACGUCUUCGCAUUUGCAGGCAGUGCACGGGUAUCUGAUUGUGCCUUGAUUCAGUAAUACUGAUGGACUUCAUCAAUCAUAGGAUGGUUGACAUUUUUGUAUUUUAAGGGAAAUGUUUAGAGUUCAAAAUGCUAUUUUUACUGCUACAUCUUAUAUCUGUUUGUUCCACUAUUAUAUGAUGUGUUUGUUUCAGGAAAUUGUUAAAUAUGUUCAGAUUUUAUUGCCAAAUAAAACAUUUUGAUUGUUCUAUUUA